GCCCUAAAUAAGUGUAAAGACGCGGACACCUUACAACCAUACUUAUUAUAUUAGACUGUGGGCCAGACGAGUAUUACUCUGAGCCAGUGCCCCCCAUUCAAACCAUCACCAUGGCACAAGCUAUCACCAUGGGCCCUCCGUCAUCUCCUCGCGAAACUCGCCGUUCUGGAAGACGCUCUGCUACCUCUGCUUCUGCUUCAGCCAGCACAUCCAAAUCUCCAGACUCUCCUGCAUCCGAGUCUACUCCUAAAAACAAAGAAUCUUCUCGGCCUGCUUUAUCUGGUGCGACUAGCAAUGGUCGCUCCAAGAAGCCAAAGCAGGAAGAUCACGACGAUGGCGUUCCUCACAAGAACGGCCACGUUAAUGGUGGCGCCUCCAACCAUGGGAACGCCAAUGGCAGAGCAAAACGCAAAGGGAAAGAAAAAGAAAAGGCUCAGCAAACUUCAGAUUUACCGAUCGAGCCCACUUCCAGCAAGCUAGGCAGCUCUUCCACCACUGGCACUGCUGAGCCACAUGAGGAGGACGCCGAGGAACAGGGCGUCACGCGCUGUAUAUGUGGUUUGAACGAGGAAGAUGCGGAUGGCGGAGAGUUUAUGGUCCAGUGCGAGACAUGCAAUGUCUGGCAACAUGGACUGUGCAUGGGCUUUAAAUCCGAGGUGGAGCUUCAAGAUGACUACCAUUGCGAACAAUGCAAGCCGGAAAGGCAUCAAGAACUUUUCAGGCGAUUAGCGAAGAAGGCUCGUCAAUCGUCUACGCAUUCACACCUCACUACCUCGCGACUCUCUCGUUCACACUCUCCAACUCACAUGUCGAAGCCCGCGAAGAGGCGUAAUACAAUGAAUAGUCGUGACGCCGCUUUCGACGAAAGCCUGAAAGAGAUAAUGGAGGCAACGGCUGCGGAGGCUGCUGCUGCUACAGAGUCGCAGAGUACUAGCGCGAAUGCUGUCGUUAAUGGCCCGGCAGAGACCCACGACGAUGAUUGCAACAGUCGGAGGAAGCGAAAACGAGCAGAAGAUGACCCUCCUCCGAAAAAGCGUACGAGGUCCGCGUCUAGCGCCUCGGAUCCCCCAGAAAUUGCAAGUGUUGUGCAUGAAGAACUCCCGCCACCGCCACCGCCUCCCAAACGUAACCAGAAUACUGGUGGGAAAUCAGGCCCUCGCAGUCGACGUGGUGGAGCAACUUCACGCAAGGCAAUCACUGCUAACGUGGAUGGUGCAGUUGCCGAAGGUGAUGAAGUAUCGUCUAAGCGAUCUGGUCAAAAUGGUCGCAGUAGGGCUGCUCCUGCAGCAAAGCGUCCGCCACCAUCCUCACACGCGUCAGGCAGUGUCUCGCAAGACCAUCUUAGCGCGCAUAAACGAUAUCACCAGAGCGGGGGAAACAAUUCUGCCGAGAAUUCGCGUGCCUAUUACCGCAAUUCCCAUGCAUACGCAGUCCCGCAACAGCCACUCUUCACGUCAUGGAACUUGCCAGACUACCUGGCACACCUCGAACACAUGCUUCCGUCACAGAUCCCCCGUCCUCUUGAAGUGCGCUCGGUUGUAGGUCCAGGGGGGAGGGAGUCGUUGGACAGGACGAUGGAGCGUGGAGUACGAGUGAAGUGGCCCAGCAAACGCAUGAGUGUCGGCGACAUGAAUAAACGUGUGCGCGCGCUUGUCGAAUGGGUUGGACGAGAGCAAGCCGGGGCUGCGGACCGUGGGCGACGAAGGGAAGCGUUGGAGAAAGCUUUGAAGGAGAUGAGGGUUUCGGACGAGGUCGCCAACCUGUCGGCGCCCACGGAUACCGUUGAUGGCAAUGCACGUGGGACGCCAGUGGUCUCAGAUAACUCAGCGGAAACCCCUUCCUUGCCGUCCCAACCAGUCCUCGUUGAAUCCACGCAUCGCUCUUGUGUAGACUCCAAGCCUACCAUGAAGAUGAUGGAGGAGCUCAUGGAGGAGUUGAUCAGUUUCCAGGAACGCUUUGGGCCGGGGGUGAAGAGCAGAGAACGUGAGCGGCGACCAGCAUCGUGACUGGCAUGUCAGACCAGGAUACGUAGGAUUGACUUCUCUUCAGGUUUCGUGCUACUGUGAGGUUAUCGAUUUAUAUAUCACUGAUACUGUAUGAUGUACAUUAAUCACUCCCGCUCACGUGGUUGUAUUUGGUAGUGACCACUAGAGGU